AUGGUGGUCAACUCUUCUGUUUGAUCUUGCAAUUAGCCAUGUCUUACGGAAGAAUGGAAGAUGGUUACACAAGUGGAAUGGCAACCUCUCUGGAUGCAAACCAACUGUCCCAGACAAUAACUGCCAACAUCCAGAAGAUUGCACAGCAAACUGCUGAGAUCCAAAGGAUUUUAAAUCAAUUUGGAAAACCUCAGGACAAUGCAGAACUCAGACAUGAACUCCAACAGAAGCAGCAGUUAGUCAGUCAACUUGCCAAAGAAACUGAGAAGUACGUCAAGGAAUUUGGAUCAUUACCAGCAUCAGGUGAACAGCGACAGAGAAAGAUACAAAAAGAUCGCCUAGUUGGGGAAUUUACUGCAGCACUGACCAAUUUCCAAAGAAUUCAAAGAGAAGCUGCUGAAAAGGAAAAAGAAUUUGUAGCCAGAGUGCGUGCUGCUUCACGUCUGUCUACAGGUUUGCCUGAUAUUACUCAGAAAGAGGGAAAGCUUGUAUUUCUUGAUAGUCAGGAUCAGGUGGAAGAUGGAAUUACAGAAGAAGAUCUGGAGCUCAUCAAAGAAAGAGAAUCUUCUAUUAGGCAGCUGGAGUCUGAUAUUCUCGAUAUUAAUGAAAUAUUUAAAGACUUGGGAAUGAUGAUUCAUGAACAAGGAGAUCUGGUUGAUAGUAUAGAGGCUAAUGUGGAAACUGCUGAGGUGCAUGUUCAACAAGCAAAUCAACAGCUGAGCAGGGCAGCAGAUUAUCAGCGCAAAUCUCGUAAGAAGAUAUGCAUCUUGAUUGCAAUACUGGCCGUCUUAGCUGUGGUACUGGGAGUGAUUAUCUGGGCAGCAGUUUCAAAAUGAAUUCCCAAGGAUUUAGCCUAGACAUUGCACUCGAUCGACGACUGAUAACAUUAAAUGGCAAAAUACUAAGAAUGGAAAAUCUACUGAAACCUAUUAAUCCAAACAAGUUAUUUAGGAAAUUAUUCCAAGAGUGCUUUGCUGUAACAAAGAAUCUGUAUGUUGUAUUUAUAAUUAACUUACUAUGUUUAGCAAAUUAGAAAAAUAAGUGCCACUGUUUUAAUUGCUCAAAUGUUGACUCAUCAUUUUCAGGAUAAAAUGUCUUUAAAUUUUUAUGUGCCAGGUUAUCUCUGGGUUGUGUAAGCAUAGCCUUUUUUGUUUACUUCAACCGGAUUUCCACACUCGGUUAGUUAUACAUGUGUGGAUCUGUGCUGAAGUGGAAAUUCAGUUUUGCACUAAAGAUGCCACAUUAACCUUUUCUAAUUUUCUCAACUGAUAACUUGGAUUUCACACCCACCCAUAGUAGUCACUCAUAAUAACAAUAUAUUUGGUCACUUCAUGGAAAAAGUAAUGAUACACCUUUAGAAUUCUUAUUGAUUUUUACUGUGAUUUUUCUUUUGAGGGGGGGUCUUUGCAACAUUGCACUGUAUAGAGCCACUCUUUGUUUAUACCAGGUUCAUCCUUUAUAUAUUGUCUUAAUGAGCAAGACAAGGAUUAUAUUUGUAUUCGAAGGGAUAGGGUUGAAUGAGUGUUUUAAUACAAUUUGUGCCAUUUUGUGAAUGCUUGCAUAGUUUUCUUUCAAAUCUGGAUUUGAAUUAGAUAUAAGAAAAUGUAAAUAUGCUACUUAAUAAAAAAAGGACAAGAUUGUUA